AUGAAGAGGCUCUCGUGGUUGGGCCUCGGCGGGCGAGGCAACGGCCAAAACGGUUCGCGGGACAACAGCACUCGCAAGACAGGCGAUGCAGGAACCGCAGAUGAGAUUGUACAGAACAUACUGCGGAUUCAUUCCCAGUUACGCAAAGAGACCGAUCUCCGCCCUUGUAAGACGGUCAACGAGCUCCUAACCAAGCUCGUCUGCGUGUGUACCAAAGUCCACGACUUCAGUGUCACUCGAGAGGUUCUUUCGAAUCCGAGCUUGCAAGAAGUUCUUCCCUCUAUCCGGUCGAUAUGCGCCCGGGCGGAAUGCUGUCUCGAGUCCCACUGGGCAGAGAAGAUUGGCUCAGGAAACGACGCCGACGAGGUCCAUCAUCUGUUGAAGAGUUUCCCCUACUACGGGAAUUACGAACAGUUGGCGCGAUUAGAGCUCUGCGCCAUUUGCUCCCUGGACCCGUUUCCUCAGAAGGUCGCAUUCAUAGGCUCGGGACCACUACCCAUGACUUCGCUUUGCAUCUUGGAGACUAUGAAGAACGGGUUGAAAGGGUUUGAAUCACCGCCUUGUUCUACCAGCACCGACGCACAUUCUGCCUCGCAAGUCACGGUGCUCAACAUCGAUCAUGAUGGUGCUGCCAUCGCAGUCUCUCAGAGUCUCAGCAAGAAAUUAGGCCAAAGAGGCGCAGGCGCCGAGUUCCUCUGCACUGAAGCAGGCUCAGAGGCGGUGGAUCUAAGGAGUUUCGACGUCGUCUACUUGGCUGCGCUGGUGGGCAGCUCGCAAGCCGAGAAAGAAGCGCUUGUAAUCAAAGUUGUCGGCACGAUGAGAGCAGGGGCGUUGAUCGUCAUUCGGUCCAGUUGGGGUCUCAGGACUUGCUUGUACUCGGAGUUUGACGUGGCUAGUGAGGCGCUUUUGCAGCGGCUGGACGUUUCUUUAGUAUUGCAUCCCUAUGGAGAAAUAGUCAACUCGGUCAUCAUCGCAAGGGUAAAGGGGCAUCCUGGGGGACAAUAG